CGGCGUUGCUGUUAGAGGUUUACCACAUCUCCAUAAUAAUUAGUGCUGAAUAAAGGGAUGAAGUAAGAGCCAAGUAAAAUAAAGCGAGUAUCGAGUUCAUCCAUGGCAGCAUCCUCAAUUUCUCUUUCCUCCAUUUUGUUCUCCCGAUCACAUCAUCAUCAUCAUCAUCAUCAUAUUCAACAUCAUCUUUUCGCAUCUCCUCAUCCCUUACUUCAACUUCACCUCCUCCGAACUUUUCCCGCUCUUCAAGCUUCUCGCCGAAGUUCUCCGCAGGAAAACGAUGAAUUGAUCAAUGAUAGUCGUAAAUGGAGUCAAUUCAAUUUCGAUGGUUACGAUGAUGAUGAAUACGACGACGAAGAAGAAGAUGAAGAAGAAGAUCGAAGUUUAGAUUUGUUAAUUAGGUUUGUUGAAAAUAUUUUCAGAAAAGUCUCGAAACGAGCUCGUAAAGCUGUUCGAUCAGUUCUGCCUCUUGCAAUCUCUACCAAAUUGGUUGGAUUUGCUGUCAAUGGACUGAUAAUAUUAUCAUUUUUAUGGGUGUUGAAGGCUUUCCUUGAGGUCAUUUGCACCCUCGGAACUGUAGUAUUCGUGAGUAUUUUACUCAUACGUGGUGUAUGGUCUGGGGUAUUAUACUUGCAAGAAGGCCGUGGGCGUCCUAUAAACGGGUUUGAUGAUGAUGAUCAAUCUGCAUGGACCGGAGCACAACCUGUAACUUGAGGUCUGUGUUGCGUCUCUGAUCCAUCAAAAUUUUCACUCUACUAUUUGAACAGGUUCCUGUCUAUAUAGAAAAUAAAGAAUUUACCAGCCGUCAAAAAUUAAGUCUUUGUAAAGAAGCAAUUUGGGCUGGAUGCAUGAUGUCGUGAUAAUUCAGAUGGGUGAAUAUCUUCAUCAAUCAAGUUUUACUGAAGAAACAAUACUAUUCUGCCAUAUUUUUUAGGGUUUCAGGCUCCAAAUUGUACGUGUCCAGAUUGCAGUCGCCACUCAUUACUCGCCACAUUUUGAAUCGAUGUUAUGACUUUGCAAGUUUAUUUUUUAUCCAUAUGAGCCACGAAAACCGUACAAAGUAAAAAAAAGAGAUGAGGGAUUUGACUUUGCAAGUUUAUUAGUUAGAUGUAUACAGAAACAAAGGGUAAUUGUGUACACUUGAUUUAAUCACAAAUAUCGGGUCAAUUGGGUACCACUGUCCACUCUCUCUACUCUCUAGCUUUUACUCCACUAACACCUAUUACAACUUCAAAGAUUGCUUGAACAUAUUUUGCUCGAAAAUGUAAUACUCCUUCCGUUUCAUAAUAUAGUGCUUGUUUUUUUUUUA